UCCUUUAAUCUCACUCCAUCGCCACCACGAGGAUCUAGGCCUGAAAUCUCUCUCUCUCUCUCUCUCUCUCUCAGUUCACCUCUACGUACACUCCUCGCUGCCGAUGGAGCGGGCACGCACGGAGAGCCCGAGCUACUUCCGGCAGUGGAGCAACGAGUCCGGGCCUAAUGCGGUGGCUCCGUCGUCGCCGGCGCGUCAUCACCACGCGCGGUCCUCCUCCGUCACCGGCAUGUCCAACGUCAAGCGCGCGCAGAACGUUCCCGCCAAGGCUGCCGCUCAGCGGCUUGCUAAGGUUAUGGCCUCGCAGACCACCGAAGAUGACGACGACGAUGACGGCGUCGGUGAUGAUUUAGGGUUCCGGUACGGUGGUCCUCCUCCGCUCUCUUUCCCGAGAAACUCUGCGAGUAGACCUACUGCUUCUGCUGCUGUUGUCGCGCCUCCGAAGAUCGCCAGAUCUUCUUCUCCCGCGUUACCUCGGAACUCAUCCACUGAUGAAACUCCAAACGGCCGAUCUGCAUCUGCCGGGAGAUCAACCGUAUCUGUUCGAAUGUCACAGCCACCAGUUCCGCCGAGCAAGCUGUCUCAAAGAACUCAAACUACUACUACCACUACUCCACAAACAGCAGUUGGAGCUCCUAAAAGACAGCAGCAGACUGAAAAGAGAUUUUUGGCUGAUAUUGGGCAUUUUAAUGCGAAAGAUUCUAAAGAUCAGCACGUGGCAUCAGCACUUCGUGAUGAACUCGAUAUGCUGCAAGAGGAGAAUGAGAGCGUCCUUGAAAAGCUCAGGCUCGAGGAAGAGAGAUGCAAAGAAGCAGAGGCUAGAGUGAAAGAGCUCGAAAAACAGGUUGCCUCUCUCGGGGAAGGUGUUUCCUUGGAAGCUAAACUUCUUAGCCGAAAGGAAGCUGCUUUGCGGCAGAGAGAGGCAGCCCUUAAGGAUUCAAGGCAGAAUAAAGCAGAGGUAGAUAAGGAGACAGCAGCUCUUCGGUCUCAAGUAGAGAAUGCAAAGCAUGAGACUGCAGCUAUUGUAGCACAAUUUCAAGGCGCUGAGUCAGAAGUCAAUGCUCUUAGAACGAUGACACAGAGAAUGAUAUUGACCCAAAAAGAAAUGGAAGAAGUCGUUCUUAAGCGGUGUUGGCUAGCUCGGUAUUGGGGCUUAGCUGCUAGAUACGGUAUAUGUUCGGAUAUUGCGACGUCAAAGUACGAAUACUGGUCAUCUCUGGCACCUCUUCCUUUUGAAAUUGUAUUAUCGGCUGGACAGAAGGCUAAGGAAGAAAGCUGGGAGAAAGAUUCUGAGGAGAAUGAGAAGAGGAGCGAACUCGUUCAGGAUAUGAAUGAUCUAACGGGAGAAGGAAACAUUGAAAGUAUGCUUUCUGUGGAAAUGGGUCUAAAGGAGCUUGUUUCUUUGAAGGUCGAAGAUGCCAUCAUCGUCGCAUUAGCCCAGCAAAGGUUGGCCAAUUCUGCCCGACUGUCGGGCUCUGAUAUCAAGUCGCCAGGAGGUGAUCCUAAGUUUAUGGAGGCACUCGAACUGAGUCCAGAAGAGUCCGAGGAUGUUCUUUUCAAGGAGGCAUGGCUUACAUACUUCUGGAGAAGGGCUCUGUCCCUCGGAAUAGAAGUCCACAUUGCCCGAGAACGUCUCCGGUUCUGGAUCAGCCGAAGCGCUCACUCUCCGUCUUCCCAUUCCCGGGGGGGGGGGUUUCUAUGUCUGGUUCUGAUUUCAGUUGAGCAAGGAUUAACCGAACUAAGAAAGCUGCGGAUCGAACACAGAUUAUGGGAGGCAUCCCGUUCGAACCAGUAAAAGCUUUUACCGUCGCCGGAGAAAGGUAAUGUUGUCGGAGAGAUAUUUCCGUUUUGUAAUAUCCGACCCACGGUUGAAAGAUAUACGUUCACGUCCAAUGUUCGCACUCGAGAUGUUUGAUUUGCUCAAUGGGCUUAGUUUCCGAUCCACGUUUUUCUACGCCUCGAUAAUCAUUGCGAGUAGGAAUGGGCACUGAAAUCUGAACUUUCGGGUAUU